AUGGAGGAUCCGGACACUCCUGAGUUUGGAUCCUUGAAGGAGGAAGUUCACUACUGGAAGGAGCAAGCUGCCAAGCACCAACAGAGUGAAAAUGAGGCCCGCGAGGAGCUGCAGGAGUUCCAGCAAAUGAGUCGUGACUAUGAAGCCGAGUUGGAAGCUGAACUCAAAGCGUACGAAAUGCGCAAUCGCGAGCUGCUAGCUGCUAACAACCGCCUAAGAACGGAUCUGGAAAACUACAAGGAGAAGUACGGCACGCAGCACUCUGAGGCGUGUCGUCAAAUGUCCGUAUUGGAGGACGAGCUAGCAGAGGCCACGUCCAUUCGGGACCACCUGCAAAAGUACAUCAGGGAGUUGGAGCAGGCUAACGACGACCUGGAGAGAGCCAAAAGGGCGACCAUCAUGUCCCUGGAAGACUUUGAGCUGCGGAUGAACCAGGCCAUCGAGAGGAACGCCUUCCUGGAAAGCGAGCUGGACGACAAGGAGAACCUUCUGGAGUCUGUGCAGAGGCUCAAGGACGAGGCCAGAGAUCUGCGGCAAGAACUGGCCGUGCAGCAGAAGCAGCAAACACACGCUAGCACUAACAUCGCCGAGCCUUCACCACCACCGCCAUUGUCGUCAUCAUCAUCAUCGACCACGGCACCCCUCCCCACGCCGCCCCUGACACCUCCAGAUAAACGGACGCAAGACAAAAUGUCCGCCAGGACACCCCGAACGCCUGCCGUUAACAAAGGUCUGCCCAAAAUUUAUGCAAAUGGCGGCGCGGCGGCGAUUCCUCUGACGACUUCGGCCAGGAUUUCGGCGCUCAAUAUCGUCGGCGAGCUGCUCAGGAAAGUUGGGAAUUUGGAAUCCAAGCUGGCGUCCUGCCGCGAGUAUGUCAACGAGCACCCCGCCGGACGCAGACCGCCAAACGCCUCGCCCGCCAACGGACUCGUCAAGAGGUGGAGCUAA